CUCUUCACCCAGUGUGCUCCUUCUCUGCCCCCAGGUGCCGAGGCCAGGCGGGAUCUGUGCUUUGAACAGGCUGUGAUCUUUAUCGAAGACGCGAUCCAGUAUCGCUCCAUUAACCACCGCAUGGACACCAGGUCGAUGUGGCUCUACCGAUGGUAUUACUCGGACACUUGCCAGUGGAUUUUGGGCUUCAUCAUUUUCUUGAUCCUGUUUUUGGCUUUUAUUGAGACCCCUUCCUCGUUCACCAGCACCUCGGACGUCCGCUACCGCUCGAAGCCCUGGAACCCGCCCUGCGGCCUGACGGAGAGCAUCGAGGUCCUCUGCCUGCUGGGCUUCGCGACCGACCUCUCUGUGAAGAGCUACCUGGUUGGGUGGCCCCAGUUCCGGAAGAGCCUGUGGCUGCUGGCCUACCUGGUGGUGCUGGUCGUGUCUUUCGUGGACUGGAUGGUGUCGCUGAGUCUCGUCUGCCAGGAGCCCCUGCGGCUGCGCCGGCUGCUGCGGCCCUUCUUCCUGCUGCAGAACUCCUCCAUGAUGAAGAAGAUGCUCAAGUGCAUCCGGUGGUCGCUGCCGGAAAUGGCCAGCGUGGUGCUGCUGCUGGCGCUGCACCUGUGCGUCUUCACCAUGCUCGGGAUGCUGCUCUUCACCGGCAACAAGCAGGGCGAUGGGCAGGACAGGGAGAGGCUGAUCUACUUCCGCGACCUGGCGGAGUCCCUGACCUCGCUCCUGGUGCUGCUGACCACGGCCAACAACCCUGACGUCAUGGUUCCUGCGUAUUCCAAGAACCGGGCCUUUGCCCUCUUCUUCAUAGUUUUCACCCUGAUCGGAAGCUUGUUUUUGAUGAACCUGCUGACGGCCAUCAUCUACAAUCAGUUCCGGGGCUACCUGCUGAAAUCUGUCCAGGCCUCUCUAUUCUGGAAGCCUGGGACCCGGGAUGCCUACAAGAUCCUCUCCUGGAUGGCGGACAGAGAAGCCCACCCUCAGGAAGUUGGGGUGAAGGCCCAGGAUCUCCUGCAGGUGCUUCAGAAAGUCCAGGUGGACAGCACCCACAAGCAGGCCAUCAUGGAGAAGGUGCGCUCCCAUGGUGAUGGCCUGCUGUCAGCUGAUGAGUUUCAGAAGCUGUUCAACGAGCUUGACAAAAGUCUGAUGAAGGAGCACCCGCCACGGCCCGAGUACCAGUCCCCGUUCCUGCGGGUCGCGCAGUUCCUGUUCGGCCACUGCUACUUUGACUACCUGGGGAACGUCAUCGUCCUUGCGAACCUCGUGUCCAUUUGUGUGAGCACAGGCGUUUUGGAGAUCUCAACUCUGGCUGUGUACCGAUUCCCACACCCAGGCUGGAAGCCGGAGCUGCGGGGCCUCCUGUCGCUGUGGGACAUGGUUCGCCUGGUGAACAUGCUCAUCGUGUUCCGGUUCCUGCGCAUCAUCCCCAGCAUGAAGCUGAUGGCCGUGGUGGCCAGCACCAUCCUGGGCCUGAUCAGAAACAUGCGGGCUUUCGGCGGGAUCCUGGUGGUGGUGUACUACGUCUUUGCCAUCGUUGGCAUCAACCUGUUCCGGGGUGCCAUUGUGCCUCCUCCCGGAAACAUCAGCCUGGCCCCUAACGGCUCGGCGCCCUGCGGCAGCUACGAGCAGCUGGAGUACUGGGCCAACAACUUCGACGACUUUGCGGCUGCCCUGGUCACGCUGUGGAACGUGAUGGUCGUGAACAACUGGCAGGUGUUCCUGGACGCCUAUCAGCGCUACUCGGGCCCGUGGUCCAAGAUCUACUUUGUGUUGUGGUGGCUGGUGUCGUCUGUCAUCUGGAUCAACCUGUUUCUGGCUCUCAUUCUGGAGAACUUCCUCCACAAGUGGGACCGCCGAGGCGAACUGCAGUCCCGCUCCGGGGACCAGAUCACCGCAGUGGACCUGUUGUUCAGGGAGGUCCUGGAGGAGCCGACGGAGGAGGAGCUGAUGGCCAAGCUGCGGCAUCACCCCCACCUGCAGCUGUGCAGGUGACGUCCGUGUGCCUCCCUGGCUGGCGGAUGGCGAUGUGGCCUGGGGACCAACGUGGGUCCCGGGGAGAGGCAGCUGCGGCCCUAAGGAGAGACAGAGCCACUCCGCCCCCGAGGCUGUGACAGAACUGACAGAGCCGAGGCCCUGUGCACUGCCGAGCGGAACAUGGCAGCUUCCGUCGGCAGCAUCGCAGCACGGUCGGCGCUUCGGCAGCGUCCACGCCACGCCCUUACGUGAGCUGCUUUUACUUGUCUCAGUGCGGGAAGAGGGUGACUCCACAGGGACCUUUGAGACGGUCUGAAAGCAAGAAGCAGGCCUCCUCGGGGCCCUGCGGUUUCCGUGGUGCCUUUGCUGCCGGCGGCCUUCAGGGACCAGAGGCCCCGUGGGGCCUGCACAGGCCGCCGGCAGCUUCCCGGGCCGGUAAGUGUGGAUCCUGGUGGCUUCGCACGAAGUGGGCCGUGGCUGUUUUAUUACUGUAUGAAUUGUGUGAAUGUGAUUGGGUGUUUCCUUACGGGUCAGGAUGCCAAUAUCAAUGAGUUUUGCAAAGAA